ACGCCAUUUACUCCACUCCAUCCUCCCCUUCUUCUUCUUCUCCGGCGAAUCCACAAUGCCCUUUUCUUUCUCCGUCUUCUUCUUCAUCUUGUUAUUCUUAUCCUCUGGACUCCUCCCUUUCUCCUCCGCUUCACGCCGUCGGAUCCUCCACCAGCCCUUCUUCCCUCUAAACACCAUUCCACCAUCUAAACCGCCGUCUCCUUCCCCUCCAGUUCCUCCCAACCCCAAGUUCCCCUUCUCCUCAUCCACUGCUACCCCUAAUGAUUCACCAUUUUUCCCUUCCUAUCCUGCUUCUCCCCCGCCUCCCCCUUCUGCCACUUUCGCUUCCUUCCCUGCUAAUAUCUCCUCACUCAUCCUCCCCCACAGCCCUACUCCCAAAUCUAAUUCUCGGAAGCUCCUCAUUGUUGCACUGUCCGCCGUCAUUUCCGCCGCUGUUGUCGCCGGAGUUCUUCUGUUUCUCUACUGCCGCCGUCGUAGGCAGAAUCGGAAUUCCACGGACGAUAGUAAGACCUUUACCUCCGAGAAUAGCAAUAGGUUGCAUUCUACUAGUAAUAACAAUAAUCAUAACAAUCGCAAUGCUGAAGCGAGGAAGCUGAGGACAGGUUCUACUCCCAGUUCGGAGUUUCUUUAUCUGGGUACUGUGGUAAAUUCGCGGGGGAUUGAUGAGAACUCCAAUUCGCGGGGUAAUGGCAGGUUGGAUCCGCGCAGAAUGGACUCACCGGAGCUCCAGCCACUACCGCCACUGUCUAGGCAGGCCACGUCGCGGAACUUCGGAGAAGUGGGUUCAGUUACGGAGGAGGAGGAGGAGUUUUACUCGCCAAGAGGGUCGCUGAGCGGAACUGGAUCGGGGUCCAGGAGAGUAUUUGGGGGGAUUGCGGCUGAGGAGUUUGAAGUGAGGAGCAGUGGUUCUAGUACUUGUUCAUGUUCAUCCUCGAGUUCGGGAUCACCGGCGAGGUCUCAGUCAAUUAGUAUUUCUCCGCCGGUUAGUUUGAGCCCACGAAGAUCAGAGCCCAUAUCGCAGGAGACCGUGGGAGUUCAAGCGUCACCACAGCCAGAGCAACAGUUUGGAGUAUCAUCGGGUUUAUCACCGAGAAUUUCGAAUGCAUCAGAGAGAAAUGUGCGGUCGCCGCUGUCAAUGGCUUCUACCUCACCGGAAUAUCUAGGGUUUAUGAAGAACCCAGUCGAGCAAAACGUGCGUUCUCCUUCACUAUCUCCGGUUGCCACUUCUCCCGGUAGAAAUCAGUUAAAUAACCCUGAUGCAUCUCCACGAGUGCCUGUUGUUUUGGAUCGAAAUGUGCAGUCUCCUUCACUAUCAUCGGCUUCUACUUCGCCGGACAGUGGUGUGGCGGAGAACCCAGAUGCAGCUCCGAGAAUGUUUAAUGAUUUGGAUCGAAAUGUAAGGACUCCUUCGUUAUCUUCUGCUGCUAGUUCCCCGGGCAGAGGUGUAGCAGAGAACCAUGAUGCAUCACCGGAAAAAUCUAAUGAUCUUCACCGAAAUGCGAUGUCUCCGCCUCUGUCUUUGGCUUCUACAUCACCAGAUAGAGCUAUGACCAAGAAUUUGGAUGAACCACUGAUGAUGUUUAAUGAUUUGGUUCAGAAUCUGCAAUCUCCUUCACUAUCUUCAGCUUCUUCAUCACUGGGGAGAGGGUUUGAUGCAUCUCCAAAGAUUUCCAUUGUUCCCACUCGAGUAGCACUCUCUCCUUCACUAUCUUCAGCUUCUACGACAUCGGAGAGAGGUUUAGAUGCAUCUCCGAAGAUUUCCAUAGCUCCCGCGGGAGCAGAACUGUCUCCUUCACUAUCCUUUGCUGCUUCUUCUCCAGAUAGAGCUUUAGAGAAAAGCCGGUCUGCAUCUCCCAGAGUUUCAGACUGUACUAGGCGGUCUCCCUUGUCAUCUUCAGCUUCUUCAUCACCGGGCAGAGAAUCUGAUAGAAGUGCCGAGGCAUCGCCAAGAAUAUCCAAUGUAUCUGAUGGGAAAUUGAACUCACUUGUGAGAACCAGCAGUGGUUUAGAGACACCCAUCACAGCUCUGCCGCCGCCACUACCACCACCUCCUCCUCCACCUCCACCACCACCACCACCACCACGGCCAUUGCAGUCACAAAAGCCCUUUGAAAAUUCAGUUCCAUCAGGGCCUACUGUUCAACAGAUAUCAAAGCCACCUCCUCUUAUGCCCCCCUCAAGGCCUUUUAUGAUGCCAAACUCAAUAAUAAUAUCUCCACUAGGCUUGCCAGAAAGUUCUGAGCCUGUGGAGCAGGUUGAGGAGACUCCAAAGCCGAAGUUGAAGACAUUACACUGGGAUAAAGUGCGAGCCAGCUCUGAUCGUGAAAUGGUGUGGGAUCACCUCAGAUCAAGCUCGUUCAAGUUGAAUGAGGAGAUGAUUGAAACACUUUUUGUUGUGAACACCCCGAACCCGAAACCUAAGCAAGCAACUCCACGCUCCAUUCUUCCAUCACCAAACCAGGAGAACAGGGUGCUUGAUACCAAAAAAGCACAGAACAUUGCAAUCUUGCUAAGGGCACUUAACGUGACAGUGGAGGAAGUGUGUGAAGCCCUGUUAGAAGGUAAUGCCGAUACUCUUGGAACUGAACUUCUUGAAAGCCUAUUGAAAAUGGCUCCAACAAAAGAAGAAGAGCGAAAAUUGAAGGAGUACAGAGAUGAUUCACCUGUCAAACUUGGCCCUGCUGAGAAAUUUUUGAAAGCAGUUCUUGAUGUGCCUUUUGCAUUUAAAAGGGUGGACGCAAUGCUUUACAUAGCCAACUUUCAGUCCGAAGUUGAAUACCUCAAAAAGUCUUUUGAAACUCUAGAGGCUGCUUGUGAGGAAUUGAGAAGCAGCAGGAUGUUUUUGAAGCUUCUUGAGGCUGUGCUGAAGACUGGGAACCGUAUGAAUGUUGGAACAAACCGUGGGGAUGCCCAUGCCUUCAAGCUUGACACACUUCUAAAGCUCGUUGAUGUCAAAGGUGCAGAUGGGAAAACUACACUCUUGCACUUUGUUGUACAGGAAAUUAUAAGAACAGAAGGUGCUCGUCUUUCUAGCAGUAACCAACCUCCAAACCCCAAUUCAAGUGAAGAUGCUAAGUGUCGGAGGCUUGGUUUGCAAGUUGUUUCUGGUCUCUGUUCAGAGCUGACAAAUGUGAAGAAAGCUGCUGCCAUGGAUUCUGAAGUCCUUAGCGGAGAUGUCUGCAAGCUUUCUAGAGGGCUUGGGGAAAUCAAUGAAGUUCUCAGAUUAAAUGAAACAACGGAAUUGGAUGAAAGCAGGAAGAAAUUUUCAGAGUCAAUGAACAAGUUCAUGAAGAUGGCAGACGAAGAGAUUAUAAGGAUUCAAGCCCAAGAAAGUGUUGCUCUGUCUUUAGUGAAGGAGAUAACGGAGUAUUUCCAUGGAAACUCGGCAAAGGAAGAGGCUCACCCAUUUAGAAUCUUCUUGGUGGUGAGGGACUUUCUAACAAUUCUCGAUCGAGUCUGCAAGGAAGUUGGUAUGAUAAACGAACGGACAAUAGUUAGUUCUGCCCAUAGAUUUCCAGUUCCUGUGAAUCCGACACUGCCUCAAGUUUUCCAUGAAUUUCCUUCAAAGCGGCAGUACGGUGGUUGCUCUGAUGAGGAGACUUUAUCACCUUAAUGUUUAUAAUCCGUCUCAGGAGUCAGGAACAAAUCUUGGUUUCGAUUUGCCAGAAUUUUGGUGGUUUGGACAGUUGGAAGUA